AUGUACCUCGUGGCGCUCCGUAGCUUAGAGGCGUUGACUGUUGUGGUAAAAAAUAAAAACAGCUCUUCUUUCAUCGCGACAGAAAAAACACCUCCUAUCUUUAUUCGUAUAUAUUAUACAGAACAACCGCCGCAGGAGAAACCAGAGAAGGUGUCCGUCUCCAGGUGUCCGUCUCCAGGUGUCCGUCUCCAGGUGUCCGUCUCCAGGUGUCUCCAGGUGUCCGUGUCCAGGCGUCUCCAGGCGUCUCCAGGUGUCCGUCUCCAGGUGUCCGUCUCCAGGUGUCCGUCUCCAGGUGUCCGUCUCCAGGUGUCCGUCUCCAGGUGUCUCCAGGUGUCCGUGUCCAGGCGUCUCCAGGUGUCUCCAGGUGUCCGUGUCCAGGCGUCUCCAGGUGUCUCCAGGUGGGACAGUAUGAGCUCUAAAGGCGGCGGCACGGCUUUGACACGCCGUAACUACAGACUGGCUUCAGACACAGACAAACCCAGAUCUACAGGCAUCGUGAACGAGAAGCUUCUGAGUGACUACCUGCACCAUGUGUUCCCCCCCUCCACCAAUCAGGCCCCUGCUCUGGCCUCCCUCAGGAAGCCUCUGGGGUUCCAGGACCUCGGGGCUCACCUGGAGAAGCUGCUGUCUGAAGGAGAGCCAGCGGAGGACAGCAGAGGUGAAGGCCACUGUUUCACACCUCUUUUGGGGGAGAAAACCUCUUAUAGUGUAGUUGGAAGUGAACCUGGAGAUGUUGAGACCCCCUUAUCUUAGAAAUGUAUAUUAGGGUCCCAGCACAUAGAAACUGCUGGAUGAUAACUUGAAUUGUGCAUUUACACAAUUAGCAUACGCUGUGGGUCCAUUUGGAAGUCUAAGGCGACUCUGGAUCGUUUGGACAGAUUGCUUAGUUUCUCCACAGUAGAGAUGAUGACGUUCAUCUUGUGCUCUCUGUAUCCAACACUACUCGUGGCGGUCUCAGCCACAGAGAGCACAGAUAUGGCUUCUGUCUGGGUAAAACCAAAGAUCAGCCACAGAGAGCACAGAUACGGCUUCUGUCUGGGUAAAACCA